AUGGGCGAGGAAUAUUUCUGUGCGGACUCCGCACCCGAGCAGCUGCAGUGCCGCUGCGGCAUCUCCACCACGUGCAUGGAAAAAGACGACCCGUGGGGGCAAAAUAUUGGCGUGUGCGGAUGCUGCCCGUGGUGGUUGAUCCUCUUCUUCGUCUUCUUCGGCAUAGUUUUUUUUACGGCCAUGGCACUCGUUCUUUAUAUGUGGUUCUGUCGCGGAAAGUGGUGGUGCGACGGGUACCCGCUCCCGGUCCAGCCCGUCAUGUCGCGGCGUGGCCCACCCAUUGUGGCGCGCCCCUCUGCGCCACUCCCUCCAAAUCUCUUCCGUACAUACCGUGCUUCGGACUUUGUAAGCGGGGCUCCACAGCAGCAGCAAUUAGAAAAUGAGGGUGGCGUGUUGCGUGGUGGCCACAGGGGAACCGGCCAACAACAACAACAGCAGCAGCAGCAAUUAGAAAAUGAGGGUGGCGUGUUGCGUGGUGGCCACAGGGAAGCCGGCCAACAACAACAGCAGCAGCAACUAGAACAUGAACAACAAGAACAGCGGCAGCAACAGCGAUAUGCACUACAAAGGGAGAAUGGGCAGGUUCGUCUCAGUGGCCGGGCGAAUUUCUCUCAAGCCAUGGGGUCUAGAGGAGCAUCAGAUGUGUAG